GUGGCAGUACGAUGCCCCGACCGUCAGACUCGGUGUGGGUCCAUUUUCGGCGCGAUGACGCGCGCCGGUCCAUCUGCAAGUACUGCCACCACAACAUGGUCGGGUUAGUCAAACGAAUGCGUGUGCACUUGGCCAAGAGGUGUCCAGACUGUCCGCCUUCUGUCCGUGUCGAGAUUCUCGCGUCAGAAGCGGAGGGGGCGAAGAAGGGAUUGCUCGCCGCCAGCUUGAAUCACGGUGGUGGCCCAGCUGCGUUUCUCGCAUCGCUUGACCACCCGUCGUCAUACAAGGUCCACGCGGCAUCGACCGCUAUGCAGGAUAGCGCCAAGACGAAGAAACGUAAAGUUCCUUCCUUUGCUUCCGAUCACGCAAUGCCAUCCUCCACCAUCAACAAGCACGACUUGCAAAGCCUCGUUGCAAAAGCCUUGUUUGGCGCGGGUCUUUCCGUGUCGUUGGUGGAGGACCCGUCGUUCCAUCGGCUGUUGAAACGUGUGGCGCCGUCGAUUCCCCUUUCCACGAUGGCGAUGUUGUCCCAACUCGACACAGAGUUCCAGGACCUGCAAGCUCGGGUUCGCGCUGACCUGAACGACAUGACGUCGGUGUGCUUGGGCAUUGAAAGUUGGUCCUUCGCGCACAACCGGUCCGUGCUGUCGUGCACAGUGUACACGCCCCAUCCGGUCGUGUUCGACCUAGAUGCGACGCGCGAACACGCGCACUCGGUGAACGCGCUCUUCCACCGCAUCGAGUCGUACGUGUUGUCCGUCGGUCUCGACAAAGUGUCGACUGUAGUCGCAGACGUCGGCGGCACCCCCGUCAUGAAAGACGCGACGGAUCUCCUCGCGACCAAGUACCCCCACUUGGCAAUCCUACCAUCCUGCGCGCACGCAUUCGACGCCAUGAUGACCGACCUCCUCGAUCUUCCUGCCUUCCACAGCCUCUACACCGUGUGCAAACAAGUGUCGGCGUACUUUGGUCGGAACCAUGUGCACCGAGACCGCUUUGUGCGCGUCGCGCACGAGCUCAACAUCGAAGACAUGGACGCCACGUCGUCGCCGUGUCAUGCGGGUGUGUUUUUUGGGCUCGUGGAUAUUCCCGACACCACCACGACACCGCCGCCAUCGACCAUCUUGGCGUGCGUGUGGGCCAUGGAGCGGUAUCGUCAUGUGUUUGACGUCCUCUUGGCCGAAGACUUUGGUGCGCUCGAUUCGCUCGAGUUGGCGGUGCGCGACCACCUGAGCAACCUCGCGUGGUGGACGUCGGUCGUGCAAUUCAAAAUCAUGUUUGCGCCGUUCGUGGACAUUCUCGACACACUGGAAGGCAGCACGUUUACGUCGCUCGCGACCUUUUACCACAAGUUUACGCUCUUGCGGUCGCACUUGCAGACGUUCUCGGUCGCGACCGACGUCACGCGCAUCGUGUCCAAGCACUGGGCAACGAUGCGCCAUCCUGCCAUGUACACGGCGUUUCUGCUCGACCCGCGGUACACCCCGUCGACGCUUGGCAGCGACGAAAUGAACGACGCACUGACGUUUCUCAAACACGUGUCGUCGCCCGCCGGCUUUGCCAACUUGAUUACGGAGCUCACGCGGUACACAGGUCGCUGCGACGGCGUGUUUGCGGACGAUGCCGUGUGGGAAUCGGCCAAGCAUUGCUCGCCGCUGCAGUGGUGGAAAGGAUUCCUCGGCAGCUCGUGCCCUCAUCUCCAGACAGUCGCCCUGCGCGUGCUGUGCUUUCCAGCCUCCGCCGCCAUCUCACGGACACAUCGAGCCAAAGUCGACGCCAUGCAUGUUGCCAACGACAAGGCCCUGAACGACGACCAAGCGGUGAAAGCGGCAUACGUGUUCCUCAACUUGAAUAUGUCCAACGCCAUGGAACAACAUGGCGCUGCUUCGAACAAGGUCGACACCACGACAGGGACUGGGUUGUGCCUUUGACCACAAGUUACGUGGCACGUACAAGCGGAGAUGGCCGUGUGGUUUGGAGGCCCUGUGGCCAUUGUACAUGGCUGGGAUUGCCUUAGCAAGCUGCGCCGUUGCCAAGUCUUGGGGCAGUUGAAGCAGACUGUAGUUGCAUAAACUCGAUGGAUGUUUGAUGUCAUGCACGCUCUCAAA